UCCCAGAGGGAUCCUGGAGGCUGUUCUGAUGGGUGGGGGGCGGGGCUGCGUGGUAUCCAUGGGUACCAGAGGCUUUCUCCCUCCCUCCUCUCUCCUCCCUCCCUCUCUCAGCCCUCACUCUCCUCCUCUGACUCUACUCAGGGAGUCAGACCUGAGCUGACACCAGCGGUGAGGGAGAGGCUGGAAGCCUUCGUMGUGUGUUUGUGGAGGGUGGCGUCACUCUGAUCGCCUGCACCGACUCCUGCCUCUGGAAGCUUGAUGAAGUUCCUCAGCCACGACGUGAGAACCAGCAACCCUCAGAUCAACACUACCCAACACUGAGAAUCACUGCAGCCAAAAGCCCAGCUGGAUCAUGCUCUCACUAUGAUAACAACAACAAUGGUUUGGCCAGCCAUGUUGUCUGUCCUGAUGCAGGUCGUUCUGAUAUCUCAUGGUGCCUGGUGUUUGGAGUCAGAGCCUGGAGCCUCUCUUCGUCCAAGAAUCCWGGAGCUCCCGUGGCAGGAUGAGCUGUGCUGUGACUCACCUCCUGCCUCCAUAGGAGCAGAGGGAGGCAACACAGUUGCACCAGAGACAAAGCACUCCAAAUUUAACCUCCCACAUUCUUCUCUCUGCAACUUCAAGAACUUAACACUUGAAUCACAUCCUCAAAGGCCUUCUGGAGGCAUCUGUUUGGACAUACUGUGCGGUAUUGUUGAGAAUUGGGAGAAGGUGAAUUGUGAGCUGAAGCCUCGCCGCCAGACGUUUGGUAAACUGGAUCCUGGUCGUUUGGCACUGCGCUUCCAGCGGCUGUCUGAAAACGACACAGAGGAGAAAAACUCCACAUCUGACAGCGUGGCUGUUUGUGAUGCAGAGAACUCCCUCAUGUGUUCAUUUCAUCUCAACCCGGCGAGCAGCUUCGUCCUCAUGGUGACCGCCAACAUCUCCAGCRCCGCAGCUCCACCAGUUCUGCUCAGAAUUCCUGCACAGCCGAUAAAACCAAAUCCUCCAUUCAACCUGUCCCACAUUCAGACCAUUGAGGCAGAACUGAUUCUMACCUGGGAAGACCCUUUAGACUUUGGUGCUGAUCCAAUGAGAUACCAAGUCCGAUAUUCCUCCAACACCACCCACUCAGACUGGCUGGUGGAGUCUGURGUUGGAGAAUCCAACCUGUCUCUGGUUCUGAAGCCCACCAUUGACUACACCAUCCAGGCUCGCUGUGCCAGUCUGGAUGAGCCUCCGGUGUGGAGCGAGUGGAGCAAACCGUACCACAUCUUCCUGGACACUGUGAGCUACAUCCCUGAGAAAGUGGUGGCACGAUCAGGGGAGACGGUCACGGUAUACUGCAUUUUCAACGACCACAGCGUCAACGCCAGCACGGCCAUGUGGAUCCUCAACUACACACAUCUGCUUGAUCGCAGCCAGUACCACCCAGUCAACCAAUGGGUCAGCCGGGUCACAGUCCGUGCUUCAGACACUGGGAUAUAUGACCUGCUCAGGUGCACACAGAACUGGAGCCACUCUUACAGCCAGAUAUUUGUAGAAGGAGGCGCCAUYGAUAUAACCUGUGUUACCAACGGUGACCUCGAUGCCAUGGUCUGCAGAUGGAAGAAAGAUGAGUGGACUAAACUCCAAUUCAAAUACAAGUGGGUGGAUCUGCCGUGUGACGAGAUGGAGAAAAAAGAGCGAGCGGGUGAGACCGUGGGGACGACGGGACCCACCUGCAUGCAGGUGACCUCCAAGCAGAAAGCUUGCACCAUCCACCCUCUGAGGAUGAACUGCUACAAACUGUGGCUGGAAGUCCCGUCCCAUCUGGGUCCAGUCAGGUCCAAACCAGUCUACCUGUCACCUAUAGAUCACGUAAAACCUCACAAACCCACCCACGUGAGCGCGGUGAGCCGGAGCAGCGGGGUCCUGACGGUCAGGUGGGAACCUCCGUCUCUGCCGAUCGAGGGUCUCCAGUGCCAGUUCCGGUACCACUCCCUCAGCGUGAUAGAGAAGUGGACGGUCCAGAGUCCGGUGCGGGUCCCCUGGGCAGAAGUAAUGGUACCAAACAUGUGCCAGGUGUAUGUAGUUCAAGUACGCUGCAUGCACAUCAACGGGAUGGGCUACUGGAGCGAAUGGAGYGACUCUGUCAACUCCACAACUCAAAACAGCAGAGCUCCUGAUCGUGGACCUGAUUUCUGGAGAAUCCGUGAAGAUGAUCUUUACAGAAACACAUCUAACAUCACUCUGUGGUUUGAGCACCUCCCAGUCUCUGGAAGAUCCUUCUGCGUGGAUGGAUUCAUCGUUCAGCACCAGACCAGGAACGGAUCUGUGCUGAGGAAGCAGAUUGACCUGSUGUCCUCCUACAGCUUCGAGUGGAACCAGGAGCUCCAGACGGUCUCUGUGGAAGCGUACAACAGCCUGGGGAGCUCCAGCAGCAACACCAACAUGACACUGGAGAAACAACCUAAACGCCGCUGUGUGCGUUCCUUCCGUGUUUCGAUCGUAAACAGCACCUGCGUGUCUCUGUCCUGGAGCCUGCUAGACGUCAGCUCAGUCCCAGUCUUCAUGGUGGUCCAAUGGUUCCCAACAAGCCGGCAGGACUCUGAGGACUUUGGCCUGAGAGGACAAACGUGGGCCAGACUGCCUUACACUGAGCAGCCCAAGUUGUUAAGAGGGAAUUUUUUUAGUUCAGAGGAGUACGGUUUCUACCUGUACCCCGUGUUUGAAGAUGGAGAAGGGGAACCGGUGUUCACUUUAACAACAAGAGGAGACCAUGCUGCAUACAUUCUGCUGAUGUUCAUCAGCUUCCUCUGUAUCGUUGUGCUGGUCACCCUGCUUCUCUCCCAAAACCAGAUGAAGAGGUUUGUAUGGAAGGAUGUUCCCAACCCAAAUAAAUGUUCGUGGGCCAAAGGACUCGACUUCAAAACGGUGGACCCCUUUGAGCGCCUGUUUUACUCUCCAGAAGGUCUUCCAACCCUACCGCUGCCCUCUGAGGAGAUUUCUAAAGUCAUCAUUAUAGACAAAGCUCUGACGAAGGCCUUAAUCCAAACCCGGAGGUCCCUGACCCCCCUGACCCCUGACCCCACCGCAGCCUCAGACAGCUCCUUCCUGCCGUGGUUUGAUCCGAAUGUUGAGCAGUCAGCAGAAAACGGAGCCCCGACCCCAACAGCUUCAACUCAAACACUGGACGAAUUACAACCAACUGAUCCGAUCGUGGCCCACAUUCCAGCCGACGCCCCCAGCUCCGCCCAGUCUUCCGUCACGUACUCCAAAGUGCUGCUCUCUGACGCGAAGCGGGACCGGCAGCCCGUGGAGCUCCACUUCAGGGACGGCAGCAGGAGCAGCUCCAGCGACGAGGGCAAUUUCUCUGCCAACAACUCGGACAUUUCGGAAUCCGCCGCCGGGGGCCUGUGGGAGCUGGACAGCUGUCCCGGAGCCGAGGYGGACGAUCCGAGGCGCUCCUGCUCCUACAACUCGGUGGAGGAGCUUUCAGAGACGUCGGAGCAAGAAGAUGAAGAAGGAGCACCGGCGGAGCAGGGGAGGCACCUGUGUUACCUCGAAUUAAAAUACCCCGAGGGUGAGGAGAGCGAGGAGGACGAGGAGCGGAGAGAAGAGGAGGCAGAAACUGAGCUCCUUAAAACGGUUCUGAGCAGAGAGGACUGUGUGGAGCUGCGUCCUCUGCUCAGCCCAAAAGGUUCCGGUCAAACCGACAAGCUGCUGGUGGCGUCAGCGCGUGGCUUCCCCUCUCUGUACCUGCCUCAGUACAGAAGUGAUGCGUGCACGAGACAGUUCCACACACCUGACAGCAAACCAUGACUCUGGUCCAAACUUUACUCCAUUGUGCUGUGAACAAAGUCACGCUUACGCAGAUCGUUUGUUCCCAUCAGACAGCUGGAAAAUGUUAAAAAACAUAAUAAUAAUACCUCAACUGUGAAUGUGAGUGGAAAACUGUUAAUUAUUAUUAUUAAAGAUGUCCARAGGACACACUUUUCAUGAACAGGU